AUCCUGAAGUUAAAAAUCAAUUAAAGUAACAUGAUAAAGUUGGAUUGAGAAAACGCAAAGUAGACAACACUAAAUCUCGGAGUACGGUAAACCUACCUUGCUUAGAAACUGAACGAUUGAGCCUGCAAGAGAAGGUCAGUUCCUAGCAUGUGGGAUGUGAUCCUUGGACCAAUCAAGGAUCAAAAUACCUUCAAAGAACGAAUCCUCCACAUUAGGACUUCAGGUUUGGAUAUAUGUAACACGGUAAAAAUACUGCAUUCAAUAACACAAGUUGUUAAAACAAUGGAAGAUUACAAGCAAAAAAAAUCAUCACUGAAAAAUGAGGUUUCAGCAGCAUUUUACAAUAAAAACCCUAUUAAGGAAGAAAGUGUUACUGAGGCUGCACAAGGAUGCAGUAGUGAUGUUUCACAACAAAACAAAGCCCCUUACAGCACAGCAGUCCCAGAAACUACACUAACCACAAAGCAACUGUUGCAGUAUUGGAACACUAUGAAUAAGAAGGUGAAGCCAAUUCGACUGCUUUUUGAAAUACCAGAAACUAGAACUGUAGAAGAACAGGGCUCGAAAUAUGUGACGUACAAAGUGGUGGUAAUAAAAUCCGGCACCUAUGAUGGUAGCCAAGCUUAUGUUGAACGGCGAUACUCAGACUUUGAGAAGCUCCAUAAAAGUAUCUUGAGAAAUUUUAAAGAAGAGAUAGAAGGAAUUACAUUUCCAAAGAAAAUUGUGGCUGGGAACUUCAUGCAAGAAAAAAUCGUUGAACGCAAAUUGGCACUCAUGGACUACUUAGGGCAGUUGUAUGCAAUCAAAGACAUCCGUGAAUCAGAUGAAUUUAUUGAAUUCUUCUUCCUACCAGAGGUGCAAGAAGGAUACAACUGUCUCAGAAGUGGACAGUACACCAGAGCUUUGAACUGCCUUCUGAAUGUUCUUAGCUUGCAGGAGAAACUGUGUAUGCGUUACUAUGAUCGGCUUGUUCUUACGCUCAGUGCUAUCAGUGUGUGCUGCAGAGAUCUGGGUAAUCUCGAAGACGCCUACCAAUUCUGUGAGAAAGGUGGACUUAUUUUGCCUAAUCACAGUCACCACAGGUACCUUAUCCCUUUGCUGAAGGUUCAGCUAACUCUAGGUAAUGAGCUGGGUAAGGACAUGAGGCACCUCCAAAAAAAGGUGACAGAAUUAGAGGAACAAUGCAGCUGUCAAAGCAACCUGCCUUCACUGAAAGAGCUUGUGGUGCAGGAAUACAUUCAAUAAGGCUUAUGUCCCCUGCUUCAGAAAAUCGCCUCCCAAACAGUCAACUAAAGUGCCAAAUUGGUUAUUUCACACGUUUUGUAAAAUAUUUUCCAUGCAUUUUAAAAAAAAAUUACACUUUAAUUUUAUCAAAAAGGAGGAAUUUUUCCAACAAAAUUCCUGACUUUUUUUUAUUUGUCUCUCACCGAAGUAACAGAGAGAGAGAGAGAAAAAAAAAGAAGGUAAAAAAUUCAGUGAAAUCCGCAGAGUGCAAUAACCAUAAAGUCUACAGAUUUCCCAUACAUGGCCUGACUUUUCAAUGUCACAAGUCACGCGGCAUCAGGAUAUAGUCCACCAGAUUUAUCUGAAAUCGCCAGGUUUCGAAGUGUUGUCUUUGUCAAGUGAAGUGAAGAAAAGCAUACAGGCACAGAAUUUAUAGGCACAGGGAUCAAGGGCGGAGAGAUUAAAAGAUCAAACAAGUGGUGUGAGCGGAGUGUUGAUAGGCUGAAUAAUUAGUCUCUGUAGAUGAGCAAAAGUGCCAGAUGGUCUACGCCAUAUUCUUUGCAGCCUUCAACAUGUCAUUGAAGAUAAACACCUCACCCAGAUCAUCGCUAUGCCCCCACUUCUCACCUUCAAUCAACCACUAGACUUUAAACAUUUCGCUGUUCGCAGCAAACUACCCAGCUUUCAGGACAAUGUUGACCACAACACUAGACAACCCUGACAUGACAACCUCUGCAAGACAUGUCAGAUCAUCGACAUUAAGACUACCAUCACACAUGGAAACACCACCCACCAUGCAUGUGACAGAUACACCUGUGACUUGGCCAACAUUGUCUAUCUGAUACACUGCAAGGAUGCCCAAAGGCAUAUAUUGGCAAGACCAUGCAGACGCUAUGAGAACGGAUGAAUGGACACUGUGCAACAAUCGCCAGACAGGAAUGCUCCCUCCCAGUGGGAGAGCACUUCAGUGGUCAAAGACAUUCAGCUUCCUGUCUUUGGGUAAGGACCCUCCAGGGUGGCCUCUGAGAUACACAAUAAUGCAGAAGCACCAGGCAGAAAUGAUAGCUAAGUUCCAUACCCGUGAAGAGAGCCUUGACUGUGAUCUUGAGUUUGUGUCAUUCUAUAGGUAACCCCACUACACUGUUCUGUAUCUGUAACAUCUUCUUUACUAUCCUGUUUUAAUACCAUUAACUUGAUAUCUUGUUAUGAUCUCUCUACCUUAAUUAGUUUCUAUAGUUUGGAUUAUUCAUUACUUUGGUUAGACCCUCGGCAUAUGUCUCUUAUACAUGUCAUGUUAUUUCAGCUGUUUGGUUUGUCUCCAGCACCACCUUAUUUUUAACUUUUUGUAAUUAUCUCUUUGCCUCAAUUAAUUGGGUUAUGGGCCGUUCACUUACUAUUCAGCCAAUGACACUUCAGCCACACCGUCUGACACUUUUGAUCACCUGCAGAGACUUUUUAUUCAGCCUAUCAUCAUUCCACUCAAAUCAUUUGCAUGAUAUUUUGAUCUCUCUGCCUAUAAAUUCUGUGCCUGUAUACUAUUCUUCACUUCACCUGACAAAGGAGCAGUGCAUUGAAAGCUUGUUAUUUCAAAUAAACCUGUUGAACUAAACCUAGUGUUACAUGACGACUGACCUUGUCCACCCCAGUCAACACUGGCACUUCCACAUCAUGACUUUUAAAUGAUCUUUAUUCCAGUUUCUGUUCUUCAUAAUUUAAAAGAAGCACAAAACCGAGCAGUGGGCUAAUAAAUAUUACUGAUCCAACUUUAGAUAUGUACAUGAAGAAUGUUUGAUUUGUAUUGUUCAGGUCUCCAAACUCCAAAGCCUCACUUGCUCUCUAUCCUGUCAGAUUGCUCAGCACCUGUCUGAGGCGAGACUUCCAUCUGAAUGACAGGUAAUAGCUACAUCUCGAGCUAAUUAAUAAUUUUAAAUUGCGUUUACUGCUACUGUGUUUGGUGGGGAUGCAUUCCAUUGUAACUCUACGUGGUGGGACAGGAAUUUCCUCCAUCCAGAAAUUUCUGCCCAUGGCUACACAAGGAAUAAUGUUGGGAAUUGAACAUUUCAGCAUUCACAAUAUUUGAAAAGACAAGCACAAUUGAAAGGGAGGAGUCCUAACCUGAUAAUAAAGGAAGACCUAAGGACAUUCAUGGGAACAGAUCCUUGAUUAGGAAAUCAGUGCGAGUGUAGAUUAGGAAUCGUAAGCAUCAGAAAAUGUUGGUGGGAGUAUUUUAUUUUCCUGUUAAUAGUAGUUAUAUUAUUGAACAAUGCAUUGAACAAGAAACUAUUGGAGAUUACCACAGGCAAUGCUUUAAUCGUGUGGAACGUUAGUCUUCAUAUAGACCAGACCAGUUGAAUUGGUAAAGGUAGUCUGAAAGAUGAGUUUGUGAAAUGCUUUUAUACAGUUUUCUAGAGCAAUAUGUUAGUGAACCGAUGAAGGGUAAAGAUAUUUAAGGUCUAGAAUUCAAUGAGGCAGAGUUAAUUUGUAAUGUUAAAUGGUCUUCUUCCGGUCCUAUUUCUUAUGUUCUUAUUAUCUUAUGCUCUUGCAAUUCAAAAUUAAUACCACAAAGAAGCAGAGAGCACCCUGAUCGUGCUCUGAUCAUGGUUAAAAAGAUGGUCUUUCCCCUCAACUAACCGCAUUAAAUGUGCAAGGUCAUAAGUUGUUAACAGUUUCAUAUUUUAGUUUGUUUUUGUUUUAUGACAAAAUGUGAAAUUUAAUUCAAUACAUGCACUGCAUUGACAAUGUGCUUUCAUAAAUGCCUAGUAUUGACAGCAAUGUCAGCAGAGUAUUUGCUUGAGGCAAGUGACAUCCGUCAAUAGUGUUAGUUUGUCACUUAUUUUGUUUGCUCAUGCAAUGAGAAUGCCACUGGCCAAUCUUGGGGAAAGCGGCGGUGAGCUGUCAUUCUGAAGCAUUGCUGUCCUUGGGCUGUGAGGGUACAUACAGUAUUGGUAGGAAGGUUUUUAGGAUUUUGAUCCAGUAACAGUGAAGGAAUGGUGAUGUCGUUUCAAGUCAGAAUGGUAUUUGGAAGGCAACUUCUCUGCAAGCUACUGAUGCUGGAAGCAGGAGGAAUAUGGCUUCUUGUUUAAAAGAAAUUUUACAGAGGUAUCUUAGGAAUCUUGGAAGUUCAUCCUGACAUGAUUUGUUGUGUGGAAGUAAGGGUGAGAAAAAUCAUCAGCUCAGGUUCACUGCUGGCAGAGGAUUUGUCAAACUCUCUGAAAAUUGAGAGAAGGCCCUGGAGACCGUCUAGAAAUGGAACCCUUUGGAAAUUGAAGUGACUGUGCACUGCUUGCUAUGAUGACUGUUUGCUAAUGUUUAAAAACAGGAAUGCUCUUUUCUAUAGUUUAACUUGUAAGUCAUUUGUGGAAAGAAAAUGUAAUG